AUGGGUACCCAGAAGAAGGAGGCGAACCGCAAGGUUCGCGAGGGCAAGGCGGGCGAGUUUGCCAACAUCAAGACUAAGGGCGAGAACUUCUACAGGUCUGCCAAGAGAGUCAAGGCCCUGAACAUGCUGAAGGAUGGCAAACCCACGAGGAACGCCGCCGGAGACAUCACCAUAGCCGCCUCCUUCCAGAGCCGGGAUGUUCCCAACGCCAGGAUAGAGCCGAACCGCAAGUGGUUUGGCAACACACGUGUCAUCUCCCAGGACAGCCUGAACGCCUUCAGGACCGCCAUGGCCGAGAAGACCUCCGACCCCUACUCAGUCCUCCUCAAGACCAAUAAGCUUCCCAUGUCGCUCAUUCGCGAUGAGACGAAGGAUGCCAAGGGUCAGAAGAAGCACCACGCCAAAAUGACGAUUGAAACAUCGUCGUUUGCUGACACCUUUGGUCCCAAGGCCCAGCGCAAGCGAGUCAAGAUUGGUGCCGGUAACCUGGCUGAUCUGGCGGAUGAUGUCGACAAGAGCAUGGACACAUACGAGGAGCGUCGCGAGCAGGCGAAGCUCCUAAGUGGCAACUCCGGCGAGGCUGAGGACGAGGCGCAUGUUGGCAUGUCAAUCGAACCCAUCUUCAACAAGGGUCAGAGCAAGCGUAUCUGGAACGAGCUCUACCGCGUGCUCGACUCGUCCGACGUCGUCAUUCACGUGCUGGAUGCGCGCGACCCUCUUGGUACCAGGUGUCUGAGUGUUGAGAAGUACCUCAGAGAAGAGGCGCCGCACAAACAUCUCAUCUUUGUCCUGAACAAGACUGAUCUCGUCCCCACAACUGUUGCUCAUCACGAACCCCCUUUGGCAAGGGUAGUCUUAUUGAACUGCUUCGUCAAUAUGCAAAAGCUGCACAGCGACAGGAAACAAAUCUCGGUGGGCCUCAUCGGCUAUCCAAACGUGGGCAAGAGCAGCAUCGUCAACACGCUGAGAAGCAAAAAGGUUGCCACUGUUGCGCCCAUCCCUGGCGAGACCAAGGUCUGGCAGUACAUCACUCUUACCAAGAGGAUAUACCUCAUUGACUGCCCGGGUAUCGUGCCUCCUUCUCAGACCGACACGCCAGAGGAUAUUCUCCUUCGUGGCGUCGUUCGUGUUGAGAACGUCGACAACCCCGAACAGUACAUCCCUGGCUUGAUGAAGAAGGUGAAGCCACACCACCUGGAGAGGACCUACGAGCUCAAGGGCUAUGAGGAUCACAUCCAGUUCUUGGAAAUGCUGGCACGGAAGAAUGGUCGCUUGCUCCGAAAGGGCGAGCCGGACCUGGACGGUGUUGCCAAGAUGGUGCUGAACGACUUCAUGCGGGGCAAGAUUCCCUGGUUCACGCCAGCGCCCGUGGAAGAGGAUGCGGAUGCGAAGGAGAGCAACGACAUCGAGGGCCGAAGUGGAAGACUUGGCGAGAUGCCUCUGAAGAGGAAACGGGCGGGAGACGCCGCGAGCGUCCCUGGCACUUCGAUGGGUCCCUCGACGCCGGGAGCUGGUUCGUUUGCUGCAGCUGAUGAGGAAGGAUUGACGAGUUUGACGGUUUUUGCUUCUUGA